AGACGGACGAGGGGUUGGUUUAUUCGUCGCUGACCAGCGCGCGCCCAACCGUUCACGUCUCUCUCUGCGCAUUGCCACAUUCGGCGGCAGGCGAUGAUGGACAGCAAGGAGCAGAUUGCGGAGAGGAGCAGUGGCGAGGAUGCUAUCGUAGAGGGCGAGAGGGUCCUGCGAAUCGUCGCGUCGGAUUUGAUACGGUACAAGGUCGAAGUCGGCGAUGCAGACGAGCCCGCGAAGGUGAAACGAAAGGUGUACCUGCGAAAGGCCGACGUUGACCCCAUGCUCAUUAACGAUUGGCGUGCCAAAAGGGAAGAGAGGGCGGCAAGGAAGGAAGCGAAGCGCUUGCAGAAGCUGAACGAGACCGAAGCGCCUGCUCCAGAUUACGCCUCUCAGUCACCCCUCCCCCCUCCAACACUCAAACGCCCGACCCCGCCGUUGGAGCCGUCUACCUCGGACAGCGCUCCUUCCUCGAGGAAGCGUUCCAAGGUAUCAGCUCCCCCGAUUCGAAAUGACGGUCCGUCACAGGAUGACAAUGGAGCACCAGCUCCGUCUUCGCAAGCGGGCGAGGAUGGCGAAGGCAAUGAAGAAGACGCAGCCAUGAGCAGAGACAUUGGUCCCCCUGGAUGGAAUCUGACUCAGGAGGUGGAGACGCCGCCCAACUCGAUUGAACAGCAUUCAGUGCAGGCACCCCGUAGACGAGGAAAAGCCAAAGCUCGUCUCGAGCUGGAACGGAGGUCAUCUCCGCCACGAUCGGUUCCACCUUUGUCCGCACCACCGCGUCCAGAAGCACGAGCAGCAACUGAGGAGUCGGGCCACCGUUACGUCCCAGGAUCACCGGCAGUGGUGCUGGAACAUGUCGACUCCCCUGGAGCAUCGGCGACGCAUACAGCCGUGGUCAACCACAUGCUUGGCGUGCCAACGUCUUCAGAAGACUUGGACAAUGCGGUCAGGAUAGCAGAGCGGAGCAUGGACAAGGAGCAGGGGUUGGUAGACGCAGAAGAUGAAGUAGUGCUGCAGACGCAAAUGCCGAUAGGAGAGGGAGCAGGCAACGAAAACGAGGCGAGAACAGCAUUACAGACACAUCUACCGGGGCAAGAAGUCGAGGAAAACCUCGGAACGGAGCAGGCCGAAGAUAAAGAGCUCGGACCAAGGCAAGCACAGGAUCAAGCGGCGGUCCAGAGCGGUCUUUCUGAGCGCGUGGAGAAGCCGGGCACUCAGACGGCAGGCAUGAAUGAGCAAUCAAAGGGACAAGAACCUGCGCCAAUGCAAGCCUCGAUGGGAGGAGAGCCCUCGUUCGAACCUUCCGUCAGGGUCGCCACUUGGAUUCUCCCAUCGCAAACCGAAAGAGAAUCUGCGCCACUGGUCGACCUAGACCCCAAUGCAGAUGAUGCCGAGCUCAUUGGUCCGGUGCGAGAGCUGCUGGCUGCCCCUUCGGCAUCGGCGCCCGCUGUAGCCCCUCCAGUCGAGCUCAGCAGCAGCCAAGCCCCCCGGGAGUCGACCCCACCUGCUCGCAUCAGCAGUCGUCGAAGGAGGGAUGCAUCACAAAGGCAGUCCUCUCUCGAAUUGGGCGCGGCGGCCUCGUCGCCUCUCGCGCAUUCUGCCAGCCUUGCCCUUCGAGACGUCCUCCAGACGCAGAUGUCGCCCGCAAAGAGCAAUGGAACAGAUGAGCAUGGCGACAGGGGCCGAGAUGAAAGCGGACAAAGUGAAGGGGAUGGAAACAAAUGGGACGAUGACGAAACGUCGGCGGUAGCGUUGGCCGACUUGGUCGAGAGCCCGUUCGAAAUGCUGCACCGCAAGGCCAUCUGUCGCCUGGUGCGGAGCUCGGCCUUGAUCCCUGGCUUUCUCAAACCCGAGGUGGAGCGCUUCGUGCUGCGACACAAGGACCCUGAGAGCCAACAGUCGGAUAGCCUCAAUCAGUCCGAGUCGGAAACUCAGGACGAUGGCUACCUGCGCACGAAGGACCUCUGGAUCUUUGAGCUGACCCGAGUCGAUGGCGAGGGUGAUAGUGGUGAUGUUCGAUCUGCGCUUGCAAGGAGCGACGAGGCAAUUGAUGUGUCGUCUGGUGGUCAAGACGAGACCGACACCAUCAUCCUUUACCUUUCCAGUGGCGAGAAUAUCUUUGACGUGCAGCGACACGAUGCGACCAAUGUGCGCAAGCUUCGAGCGAACCCACAGUGGAGCCCCUGGUUCGACUCUUCUGGACAGCCCUUUGUCCUCGUCUAUACCUGGCCUAAUUCCGGCUCGAAUGGGGGGGUGGGCUCGAGGAGCUUAUCAUCGUUGGCAUCUUCGAGCCAGGAAGACGUACGAAAGGCUCGAGAAGACGUCGCCAAGCUCCAGGCGGCAAACAAUGCUACGCAGGCCGAGCUGGAGCAAACGCAGGCGCGAAUAGAGGGGCUGGAAAAGGACAAUGACUUCUUCAAGGAGCUGUACAAUGAGGCGUCACAACGAGCCGUUGCGGCCAGCAGUGAGGCGGAAGAGCUGCGGAGUGAGGUGGAGAAGCUCAAGAGGCAGCUGACGACGGGCUUCGAGGCGAUUACGAGGACGGCAAAGGCGCAACGCGAGCAACUACAGGAGCAGCUCAGACUAGCCACAGGCGAGGUGAGAUUGCUACGGGCGCAAAAUGAGCGGACCAACGACGAGGUGCGGAGGAAGGCGGCCGAGUGGGACGCUCAUCAGGCUGUCAAGGCGGCCAGAAAGCGGGAGACUAUCCUGUUUGAGAAGCGUCGGUCGGAGAGAUUUACCAACAUGGGCAACCAAGGUCCCUCGCCUUCAGUUGCUGCUGCGGCAGCAGCAGCAACCGCUGCUGGUGCGAGCGCUGCCGAUUCUGGGUCCAAUACGGACAGGACAGGCGAGGAUACGCCGACAGCAAACAGCGAUGCAGAGGUGCAUCAAUCCAACGAGUUGGCCGACGAAUUGGCGUUUUUGAAGGCGGACGGCGCUGACUUGCUGCUGGAAGGGGUUGCCACGGGACGAAGGUCGAGGAACAAGAGGGCGCCACAGCCUCGCCAGGAGACGCCGACGGCCAUGACGCAGGCCCCACAGCAGCGGCAAGAUGCUCCUUCGCCAGCAAGAGCACCGCCCUCAGCCAUGGCACAGCAGACAGCCAAUAGAGCAUCAGUGAGCGAGGCGACGCCACAAGCGCUACAGCAAGGGGAGGCGCCACGACGAACACCCCAGGCGACGUUUCCCUACCAGCAACAGCAGCAGCAGCAGCAGCCAGUGUCCUACCAAGCUUCACCAGUCUCGAUACCGUCAGCCUCGACAGUGGGCGCACCCCACCUCGUUCCUCAAAUGCCGCCUAGUCAGCCUCAACGCUUCCAGCAUCUGCCAAGCGCUUAUCAAUACCCAAUUUCACAGCAGCAGCAACAACUACAACAGAUGCCGCAGAUGAAUCCUUACCAAUACUAUCAAACGCAUCGACCUCAGGCUCCCUCAAUCCCUGGCAACUCUCCUUGGCUCCCUGUUCUGCCAUCAUAUUACACUCCUGCCGCCACAGCCUCUCCUCAACAGGCACAUUCUAGUCCUUCACUGGCAACGGCGAAUCGCGCGAUGCCGCAUCCGUUCCAGCAGCAGCCGCAGCAGCAGCAGCAGCAACAGCAGCAGCCCUUUCACCAGCACCAGCGACCACACUAAUUAUAUCUUGAGAGAGACUUCACACUCCCCCUUCUGCUUGCUAGAGUUAGCUUGUACGAUAAUUGUACAGUACGGUACAGUACCAACAAACCAUACACCCCCUGUACGCGAAAC